ACAUGCUCUUAAAUUCUAUGGUCCUCUCUUCUUAUCCUCUUCUAUAAAUACCAAUAUCACCAAAAGUCCCUUCUGUGUACAAGCCAUAAGUUAACCAACUGAUCUCAAGUUCCAACCUUAACCAUUUGCUGCCUAUCAAAGAACAAAGAUGUCCACAAAACUUAUCACCCUGUUCGCGUUAGUCCUCCUUCUCCUCUGCUCCACGCUAUUGUACGCCGCCCGCCCCGCGCCAAACCCUCUGGAGCACUAUCUCGUGAAAACCCAACAUGGGGGUGUUGAAGCUCAGAAAACAGAGGUGGAAGUGGAAGCGAGCUGUGAAGGAUUAGGAGAUGAAGAGUGCUUGAUAAGGAGGACUCUGGCUGCUCACAUUGACUACAUCUACACCCAGAAGCAAAAGCCAUAGAACUUUUGUUCAUUAGCUUCGUAUCGCGAAUUAAUACUUAAACACAUAAUUGGGAACAGAAAGUAAUACUAAAAACUCCAUGUAGCUCCAUUGUUAAUUGCUGAAAGAUACUGAAAUCAAUCAUGUUCUAGCUAGUCAUUUAGUUGCCACUGGGAAAAGAAACUACGUGGAGUUUUCUGUAUCUUAUUCACAUAUUCUGAACAUCAUCAUAUAUUUGUAGCAAUACAGUGAUCCAAUUGAAGCUUAUGAAGCUCUAUAUCUUAUUAACUCAAGUCAAUUUGCCUGCAA